AUGUAUGACGUUCACGAUAUUUGUGAAACGUUUUGCAAAAGCAUAGAACUAACUUUAUAAUUCAAUCUGGGAGAGAUUAAAUGAUCCUCUCGAGGAAAAGAUGUUGACAAUAUUACCAUGCAGUCCCGAGGUUCCCCAUAGAGAGAAUCAAUAGAAAUCCCUAAACCAGUGAUAAGCUGGCAAAGUAGGUCGGGUGGAAGAGCUUUCCUAUUACCAAUCUCUACCCUACAUGAAAAGGUUUCAGGGCUCAGUGCUUAUUUGUCCGUGAUUUUGCAGUUAGUAGUCACAAAUCGAAGGUAUAACAAUGAGUCAACCAGGAAACAUGGGGUAUGGACAGCAACCACCUUAUCCUGCUCCUGGUCCAUAUCCUCCAGUAGGCGGCUAUCCUCAGCCCGGUGGCUAUGCUCAGCCAGGUCCAUAUCCUCCACCAGGCGGAUAUCAACAACCAGUUGGCAAUUAUCCUCAGCCUCAGGCUGGACAGUACCCUCCACCACAACAACCUGUAGCAGGGUAUACAGGCCCUGCUUAUCCACCAAGCAGUAUCCCUCAAGGUGGUUAUGGUCCACCUUCUGGGCCACAACCUGGACAGCCAGGAGCAUGGAUGCCAGCUCCACACGUACCAAACUGUCCUCCUGGCCUUGAGUACCUCACACAGAUCGACCAGAUUCUUGUUCAACAGCAGGUUGAAUUACUUGAAGCAUUUACGGGCUUUGAAACAUCUAAUAAGUACAAAGUGAAAAAUUCUCUUGGACAACAAAUGUAUUUUGCUGCUGAAGACACAGAUUGCUGUACUCGUCAAUGUUGUGGUCCCAUGAGACCAUUUGAUAUGAAGAUCAUGGACAAUUCACAAAAUGAAGUAAUUCAUCUGAACCGUCCUUUGGCUUGUGAUUCGUGCCUCUUCCCUUGUUGCCUACAGAGUAUUGAAGUCACUUCUCCCCCGGGUUCUGUAAUUGGAAGCAUCCAUCAGGAAUGGAGUAUACUGGCCCCGAAAUUCACUGUCAGGAAUGCAUCUGAUGAUGUCAUUUUGAGAAUUGAAGGUCCUUUUUGUACUUACAGUAUAUGCGGGGAUGUGGAAUUCCAAGUGUUGUCUCCUGAUGGUUCAACUCAGGUUGGCAAAAUCAGCAAGCAGUGGACAGGCCUUGCCAAAGAAGCCUUCACUGAUGCUGAUAAUUUUGGAAUUACAUUCCCCAUAGACCUUGAUGUGAAAAUGAAGGCUACCUUGCUUGGAGCUGUGUUCCUCAUUGACUUCAUGUUCUUCGAGAAGAAAGGCAACAAAGAAAAUGAUUCAGUUGGAAUGCUUUAAGAUGUACCAGUGGAGGGUACUGGUUGAUAUCAGUGUACUUAGCAUUAUCUCCAUAACAAAAAUGACCAGUUUUCAAAUAAUUAUUUGGUUUAAUAGAAAAAACAGACAUCAAGAAAAACAGAAACUAGAAAGGACUGAUUGUCAGUUAUGUUCCUAGUAAUAUUGAAUAGAUGAUAAAACCAGAUAUAUCAGCAUUUUUUGUUUAUGAAUGAUGUGAUGUUAAAAGACAACUAUAAGAAGACAGAACUUGUAUAUAGUACAAGUAUUUUUUGCUAUCAAUGUAAAAUUGAUUUAUCAUUUAUUUUUAUUCUCCUAGUUUUGCAAACUAUGUCUAGUAUAUUCAAGUGUAUCUAUAUAUGUUCUAAUAUCUUGAUGUAUAAAAAGUGUAGUGUAGAUAAAAAAAAGACCAAUUAAAGAUUGAGACAUCAGCUUUCAAAAUCCUUUUGAAGGUAACAUCCAGAUGGAAUUCAAAAUGUUGCUCGUGUUUUGCCAUUAUUAUGUCAAUAUUUGUAUUGUCUUGUGAUUCUAUUAGAGUAUUAAUGAUAGGCUAAUCAUAAGGGAAUUGAGUCUACCAUUGCCCAGGGUUAAAUGCAUAAGAAAAGCCUUAUGUUAGAAGUAAGUAUUCAAUAUAUCUUUUCUUUCCUUUUUUAUGUCUGUCUUUAUUUUUCUGAAAAACAUUUUUCUUAAAUGAUUAUUGAAAGUAAGUGUUGUUAUGUUAGUUGGAGCUGUUUUAAAAUUAGUUCUCUUUUAAUCCAUUAGUGCAGGGUACAUACACUGCAGAUUGUUUUGUUAGUUUUGUUUACACACAAAAGUGCUUGGGUGCCAAGAGUCACUUACUAGGCCUGCUGUUUCCUUGAUUUUUAUUUUGGAAAGUUUCUUCAUUCAUUACUGUUUUUCCUAUCAUUUUUAAUAUUCUAGCUGUAGUUAUUGAUAUCAUUAAGACAUUUUUAAUAAUAAUAAUAGUGAACAGACUAGGAAAAAAAUAAGAUUAGGUGACUAUUAUUUCACAAAAUGUAAGAAAGAAGUAGACAAUUGAGAUCAGGUUGGGCUAGCUUUUUACUCCUAGGUGACUGAGCACUGCGGAAAAUAAGAUUGACAAAGAAAUUAAAGUAGAUGCGGCAUUUGCAUAUGCACUCCAGUUAUCAAUGGGUAAUAUUGAGUGCUGUCCCUGUACAGCUGACUUCCCAAAAACAACUGAUCAUUGGAAGGGAUGUUUGUUCUUAAUUUUAAGUGUCAGUGUCAUUUAAAGCAAGGGCCAUCACUACAGGGAGCACCAGAAUGCUGUAUCCCCAUUUUCAGUGGUCCUCCCAUCCUCCCAUUUUUUACCAAAUAUCUGAUCUCUCAAUGGAGAGAUCAUAUAAUUAAUCUCUACAUUUCAAAGAUACAUGAGAACACAGAUUUUAUUAACCCAUUCGCCCCACGUGGCAAGAAUAGAUGCCACACCCACUUUGAUACACGUUUAUUUUUUAUUGUAUUUACAAUAGCCAGUUAUCAAGAACUACCUAUUUCACCUGUUUACCCUUUUCCUUCACUUUAGGAAAGUUUUUUUUUGUAUCUUUUCAGUGUCUAAAAUAUUCUAAUGACAAUUUAAUAAUCAUAACAUCAAUAACAAUAAUACCAGUAUAGAUAGCAAUGGUAUUAAUUUUCCCGCCAUUUCAAUGAAUGGGAAAAUCAGGGUUGGUAACUAGGGCCUACUGAUAGACUCCUUGCUGGCUGAGCACAUGUGGAGCCAUCUGUAUGUAACAAAAUUCACCAAAAACUACAGGGGGCACAACAUAAAUCCGGGGCGAAUGGGUUAAGUUCACAAAUAUUUGGACUGAUUUUUUAUUUGUAAUGAAAUACAAUAAUAUAAAUUAGCUUGUAAGAUC